CACGUCACACGGCUACAAAACUGAAGCAUCCGUUUAGAACGGAAGGAGAGGAAGUCCAAUCACGGGUAAUAGGAGAGGAUGGAACUAGUGACUUGUAGAAGCGAACCGCAGUGGACUAGCGGGUCUACUACACGGAUCUUUAUCCCAGUUGCCCCGAAAGCUUCCAGCACUAAACCAUUCUAAAGGAAUCCGUCUAUCCGACCUGAAGUGUACAUCAGACGGUCGUCAAUAGGUGACAGCAUCGAACUAUUGGGACUCAAUAUCAUGGCAGAACAUCUGUCCCAGAGCGAACUGGACUACCCCUUUAAACUGCUGGAGUAUUUCAAUGGAUUCAGAGUCUCAAAGGUUAUCUUCUCAGCCUGUGAGUUGGGGGUUUUUGACCUCCUGCUGCUGUCCCAGAAGCCUCUGUCUGCGGAGCUCGUGGCCCAGGAGCUGGGCGCCAGCGUGGACGGGAUUGAACGCCUUCUGGACGUACUGGUGGGAGUCGACAUCCUGGAGGUGGAGCAGAUAGACGGGACAGCCUGUUACAGCAGUACUGAUGUGGCCAACCUCUACCUGGCCAAGGGCAGCGCCAAGUCUCUUCAUGACAUGAUCAUCUACCAAUCACAGACCAUCUACCCUCUGUGGAACAACAUGGUGCACGCUGUCAGAGAGGGGAAAAACCAAAAUGAAAAAACAUUUGGCAUCUCACCUGAAGACAUCUUCCAAACCAUCUACAGGUCAGAGGAGGAGAUGCUGAAGUUUAUGGGUCUGAUGAACUCAACAUGGAUCCUGGAUGGACACGACAUCGUCACAGCCUUCAACCUGUCCUGCUUUAAGGCCAUGGUGGACCUUGGAGGUUGUUCGGGGGCUCUGGCCAGGGAGCUGUCCAAGGCCUACCCCUCCUCCUCUGUCACUGUGCUGGACCUUCCUACAGUCAUCCAGACAGCCAGACAGCACUUCUGUGAACAGGACGACACCAUCGUGUUUCAGGAGGGAGACUUCUUUGAUGGAGACAUCCCUCCAGCUGAUCUGUAUAUCUUGGCCAGAAUCCUCCAUGACUGGAAGGAAGAGAAAUGUGUUCAGCUGCUGAAAAAGAUCCAUGCAUGUUGUCAACCAGGUGGUGGGGUUCUGUUGGUGGAGGCUCUACUGUUUGAGAACCGUCGAGGUCCAGUGAUGGCUCAGCUCUUCUCCCUCAACAUGUUGGUCCAGACGGAGGGGAAGGAGCAUCCUCCCUCUCAGUACUCUAACAUGCUCUCCUUCGCUGGCUUCCACAACGUCCAGGUCUGUCGGACAGGGAAGUCCUACGAUGCCAUCCUGGCCAUCAAAUGAACCUGUCAGGCUGUUUAGACCAUUACAUCUCUAUGGUUCAGACUGGAUAUCUUAGGAAGUAUCUAUCUCGUGUCUCCUCCUCCAUGUUAGCAGUCUGUCAGCAUGAACCUCACCCUUCAGAUGCAGCGGACCCCAUAGUCUCCUGGUGACUCUGUUAUUGGCUUGCUAAGAUGACAUCACAGUGUUUUUGGCUUGCUAAGAUGACAUCACAGUGUUUUUGGCUUGCUAAGAUGACAUCACAGUGUUUUUGGCUUGCUAAGAUGACAUCACAGUGUUUUUGGCUAGCUAAGAUGACAUCACAGUGUUUUUGGCUUGCUAAGAUGACAUCACAGUGUUUUUGGCUUGCUACGAUGACAUCACAGUGUUUUUGGCUUGCUAAGAUGACAUCAGUGUUUUUGGCUUGCUAAGAUGACAUCACAGUGUUUUUGGCUUGCUAAGAUGACAUCAGUGUUUUUGGCUUGCUAAGAUGACAUCACAGUGUUUUUGGCUUGCUAAGAUGACAUCACAGUGUUUUUGGCUAGCUAAGAUGACAUCACAGUGUUAUUGGCUAGCUAAGAUGACAUCACAGUGUUUUUGGCUUGCUAAGAUGACAUCACAGUGUUUUUGGCUUGCUAAGAUGACAUCACAGUGUUUUUGGCUUGCUAAGAUGACAUCACAGUGUUUUUGGCUUGCUAAGAUGACAUCACAGUGUUUUUGGCUUGCUAAGAUGACAUCACAGUGUUUUUAUUUUUACUCUUUUUUUCAGGGUCAUGUCUUCUCCCUCAAAUGCAAAUAUGUUGUUUUUCCCGUGCAUAUAGUCUGUAUAUUAUCUGAGAUGUUAUGGCAUAGUGAUGUUAUUCUGACUUCAAAGACGAGUAAAAAUGUGAGCAUAACUGUAAACUUACAUUUUAAACUUGGUAAUGUUAUACCUGUUAGUAAUUUCCAAUUAAAGGAGUUUCCUCAGCAACAA